UUUAUCGUCUGCCUUCCCCUUCUCCACGGACAAGAAAGGGAGAAGAAGAGGAGUGGGGUUACCGUUGUUCCAAGAGAGGAAAGAAAAAGGAUGCCCAUGGACGGGAGUGUGUUUGACGACAUCAUGCGUCGGCUUCUUAGUGCAAAGAACAGCAGGACCCCAAAACAGGUGCAGCUGACAGAGGCAGAAAUACGCCAGCUCUGCCUCACAUCCAACGACAUUUUCAUCAGCCAGCCUGAUCUCUUAGAGCUGGAAGCUCCCAUAAAGAUUUGUGAUAGAAAGAAGCCAGUUACUAUUUCAGACCAAAAUUCAGUUUCUGGAAACAAAAAGAUUGAUGUUGAGCUUUGCAUGCAUGAAGGCCUGCUUCCUAGUUUUGAAUGUGAAGACAGUGACGAACAUCUUAGUUCUAGGGAGGCAAAUAAGUCUCUUUCAUCAUUGCCCAAGUGUGCUGGCAUACAAUUGCACCAGAGAGUAGAAAAACUAUCAAGAAGUGGCAACCCUUGUUCUAAGAGACCAAGAACAUAUCAAGUAGAAGUUUCCACAAACAUUGACGGGGCUGCUGAUUGCACUGUUAUGUCCGGAAAUAGUGGAUCCAUUACAGCAAAAUGCACCUCUGCUGCUAAGGAGAAAUCCAGAGUAGUAAAGCAGAAGUGCAUCCAAGAUGGCAAGCGAGGUGAUAAUUUUUUUUUUAAAGCAGCAAUGAAGACUAAAUAUGAUUCUUUCUUGUCAAAGGCUGGUUUAAUGAGCUCUUCUUCAACCACUGGUGGCAAUAACAUUCUUGGAAUAUAUGGUCUCAAGUCAGAUAUUCAUGAUGUUGCAAAGCUUGUGGAUGAGCUGUCAUUGAAUGAACUCCUUGAUGGCAGUUACAAAUUUCCUGCUUCAUGUCAACAAAAAGGGAAGAAAGCCAGCAAUAGCUAUGAAAACAUUGUAUGCUCAGUUAAAAAGGCUUGCUCUAUUCUUUCACACCAUAAUGCAGUAGAGUCCCUAAAUCUUGUUGAGCUAGAUGGCAGUGGCAACAGAAGAAUGAAUGCAUGUGUGUUGAGCUCUAGUUCACGUGUCACAAGCAGGAAUGACGAGGAUACUAGUAAGGAUAUCUGUAUGGAAGAUUUAGCCUCAUCAAGCAAGGAUUCUUGUAGCCAACCUGGGGCUUUGGCAAGCCUAAGUAAUUCCCCACCGUGUCGGCCUGAGGUUGUACUGGAGCGCUUAACACUUCCACCAUUCAAGGAUUUGGAUUCUCUGCUAAGGGAUGCACCUGUUCCUGCAGUUUCUUUACAGACUAUUGAUCUGUAUCCUGGCAUGCUAACAUCGAACAAAGCUAGCUUGCCACCUUUCCUUUGGUCACUAUCUCUUGGUGGGACUUGUAAACCCAGUAUUGAUUCUGGCAAGUUGUUUACCAAUAGGACUACAUGUCAAAGUAGAUGGUUUAGGAUAGGAAGUAGUGUCAGUUUGUUUGGGAAUGUUGCAAAUCGUCUCACAGACAUGGAUUUAACAACACAUGAUUGUAUUGGAGUUCCUUCCAGAGAACUAAAGAUUGAUGGUCUUCCUGAAAAGGAUGAAGUCCCUUCUGCCACUGCUGGAAUUCCUUGUUAUGGGCAGGUUGGUCCAUCACAUGCAGUGAUAUCCCCUCCAGCAUCCCAUGUUUCAAAUAGGAGCAUCUUAAAGGACUUGGGCAUUAUGAGUACAUUCCAUUCCUUGGAGCUUAAAUUGCCAGAGAGCUGUCUGGAUUCAUCGGAUGGCCAUCUGAAAGAGCCCAAAUUUCAUGGAAAACAGGAAGCUGAAGGAAGUCUGAUGUAUGAAGGAAAUGAAGCAAUCAUUGUUCAGCCAAAUAAUUUAUUGGUUCCGAAAAUGGAGCGUAUUUAUGCAGAGAUAGAGCAAUCUAAAAGAAGUCAUGUUUGUAUUGAUAGUAGCGGGUAUUCUUCAUCUAAAAGCACUGGAUGCGGAUACAAUCAACAUUUAUCUCUGCCAAAGAACUCUCAAGCAGCUGGGAAUUCUCCAAGGCUACUGACCGCCGCUAAAAUACUCUAUGAGAUUGCAAGCGAGUCAAAUGUCAUGUGGAAGCAAGACCAGAACAGUGGAAAGCAUAAAUGGUCCAAGAAAGCAUCACAGAAGACCAUGAAAUCCCUCAAGUUGAGGCCUGCUAUUGGGAAAACAGAAGUGUUAUCUAUGACACACAAAUCAACAACCAAGCCUGGUUAUCUGGUCAAAAGUACAGGCCAAAUAUCUCCAGGGGAAAAGCUCCCAUCCACUGAGAAGAAAAGAAAUCAAUUGGACAUAAAACAUAUUCAUCAAGGAUCAAUGAUGUCGUCAGUACCCACAGUGAGUAGAUUUACCAGCAAUUCAGAAAGGGAUUUGGCUGUGACUACGAAGCAGUGGAAUGUGGAUUCUACAAGGCUGUUAGGCCCAAUGGUGUCGUCUACACUGCCAGAAAAGACCAGUGUCAGUCAGCAGAAGCCAUGGAAAGCAGCAGCAAGGGCCCCCCAUGGGAAAGAUUGGGUUAGAUUAAGAAACAAGAAAGAGUAACAGUGUUGUUUCAUUUGUUGCAGAUUUUGGUACCAGACCUUGCCUUGUUGAGAAGGGGGUUGUGCAACUAUGGGACCAUUAAGUCCUGAUGGAAUUCCUCCCAUCAGCAACAUAUUAUCAUGGGGCAAUAAAAAGGAAAUGGUCAUGAGAUCAGGUACCAUUGAUUGUACAAUAUGGAGUGGAUGUGGUGAAUGAGAAAAUCAUGGAGGAUUAUGGGGGGCAGUUGGGUGUAAGAAAUAUGAUUUAUGAUGUGCCAUUGCAUUGUCUAGAGCACUGGAUAAAUCAGCAGGAUCCUCCCACACUGCUGGGAGGAAAUGUCAAAUAGGUGCAGUAGUAGGAAGCUGAGCUGUUAUGUAAAAUCAAAGAUUGAUUGUUCCUUUUAAUCAAAUGAUAGGCCCCCAUUCUUUCCUCUUAA